CAGGAAAGGCCACGGCGGCUCCUAAGUGGCGGAGGAGAAGGUUUAUUGUAGAUGUGUGGGAGAGCACAGUCAGAGUCCAGAGUGGACAUGACCAGACUGAGCUGGGUCAUGUGAGGAGACAAGGGGAAGGGAGAAGGGAGAAAGGGGAGCCAGGUGCUGCAGCCAGGGGGCCAUAGGUCCAAAAGAAGGGUGUGUGACCAAAAGGUCUGGAUUAUAUAGGGAAGAGGCUCGGGGGGAAGGGCAGCCCAGCCCCUGUGCUGGCGAGUUCAGGGUAGAGGGCGGGGUAUGCCAGCCAUACAUGACUACCUAUAAUAGGUAGGGACUGAGGGAUGCUGGGAGAACCUGAAGGCCAGGUCCACUUUGACAUGUUAACUCGGCACCUCAGCCAUUUGUCCUGGGUUUGAAAGUUAACAAAGACCAGAUCUUGGGUUGGUGGGAUACAGGGAUUGCAGAGCCAAACAGACCAGGCUAGACCAGACCAACCCCAAGAUACAGGAUAAGUCCUUUGCACACCAGGAGCAUGAUGUCUACUCUCUGCUCUCGUUACUAAAGUUGGGACCACAGUCUGUACCCUAAGAAGUCAAAUAGGAUUUGUUCAGUGUGGCCACACUGAGGAGGUGGGCCUGAGAGGGCCCUGGAUUUGUCUCUCUUCCCAAUGUGGCCACACUGAACACAUCUCUUCUUCUGCAUUUGGUUUGGUUUGGGUUUUUAGUGUUCUUGAGUCAGGGUCUCACUAUAUAUCCCUGGCUGUCCUGGAACUCACUAUGUAGUCCAGGCUGGCCCCAAACUCACUGAGCUCUGCCUGCCUCUGCCUCCUGAGUGCUGAGAUUAAAGAUGUAGCUAAUUGGGUUGUUUUAAUUGGUUUCUCAAGGAUGGGUAGCCACACUUGACUUUUCUUUAAUCAUUUUUUUUAUAUUUUUUUAAAUAUGAUGUUGAUUUUAUUUGUAAUUAUGUAUAUGGGUUUGUGGAAGCCAGAGGCGUCACAUCCCCUGGAACUGGGGUUGUGAGCCACCCGUGUGAGUGCAGAGAACCCACGUCUUGUGCAAGAGCAGUCCUUAUUCUUAACUACUGAGCCACACCUCCAGUGUUCUAAACUUAACAUCUUGGGGUACAGACAGAGACUCUUAAGUUUGGUAACACCCAGGCCUGUCUUCAGUCAGUUCUGUGACCUCUCUCAGUGAGGUGUAUGUAUGAGGGUGUGUGUGUGUGUGCGCGUGCGCGCGUAUGAGGGGUGUGUAUGGGGCAUGUAUAUGAGGUGUGUGUGUACAUAUAAGGUAUGUGUAUGAGGUGUGUAUGUGUGAGAGGUGCAUGUGUGUAUGAUGGGGGGUGUGCAUUUAUGUGUAUGUGGUGUGUGUAUGUGCACAUGCGCAUGCAUCACCUGACCAGGUCUGGACCUCUCUGCAUCUCCAUCAGGACCCCUGCAUGACCCCAGCAAUCACCCUCUGGGACUCUCUUUUGCUCUUCAUUGUAGCUCCCCCCCUGUAAAUGAAACAACAGGAAAUUACCUGGGUGGUCUUCACAGAUUUUCAGGGGACUCAGAAAGAAAGGAUCUGGGUGUGACCAUGGGAUCUCCCAGCCUGGCCCUACUUCUCACCCGCCCUGUCCCCACCUAGGCUAGGAAGCCAGAACUUCUGAGUUGCUCACAGCGGGUGGGGGCAGGGGCCUCCUUCGUCUGGAACGUCACCCUGUUAAACUUCCUCUCUCAGCCACACAGGAAGCUGAGCAGAUCAGGGGCCCUGCCCCAAGCAAGCACAGGCUCCCCCAGCCCCAGGAGCCUAGGGGAAAGGGCCCAGCUGGGCCAGCCCUGCGGAGACCAUGGGAUCCACAGAGAAAAAACAACCCCCUGCUGUGUUUGACUGGUUCUUCGAAGCAGGCCGCCCCCACUCCCUGGAGGAGGAUCCCCAGAUCCUGCGGCAGUUCCCGCCGGACUUCCGGGAACAGGAGGCCAUGCAGAUGGUGCCCAAGUUCUGUUUCCCUUUUGACGUAGAAAGGGAGCCGCCCAGCCCUGCCGUCCAGCAUUUCACCUUCGCCCUCACUGACCUGAUGGGCAACCGGAGAUUUGGCUUCUGCCGCCUGCGAGCCGGUGCGUGCAGUUGCCUCUGUAUCCUCAGCCACCAUCCCUGGUUUGAAGUGUUCUACAAGAUCCUCAAUACUGUGGGGGACCUCCUAGCCCAGAACCAAGUCUCGGAAGCUGAAGAACUCCUACAGAACUUGCAGCAACACCCUCUUCCUGGACCGGGGUUUUCAGGGGAACCAGAGAUGGGCAGCAGCUUGGCCAUCUGGAGCCAGUGUGGGAUCCUGCUUCCUGCCCUGGGGAAUAGCAAGCUGCCUUCUUGUUUUGUGGACCCGGAUUCUGCCGGCCUGCCGUCUAUUCCUGAGAACAGGAAUCUCACGGAGCUGGUGGUCGCAGUGAGGGAUGAGAACAUCGUGGGGCUCUUCGCGGCGCUGCUGGCUGAGAGGAGGGUCUUGCUCACGGCCAGCAAGCUCAGCACGCUGACAGCCUGCGUUCACGCGUCCUGUGCUUUGCUCUACCCCAUGCGCUGGGAGCACGUCUUGAUUCCCACGCUGCCCCCACACCUGCUGGAUUACUGCUGCGCGCCCAUGCCCUACCUCAUCGGAGUCCACGCUAGUCUCGCUGAGAGAGUUCGGGAGAAGGCACUGGAAGAUGUCGUGGUGCUGAACGCCGACUCUAACACGCUGGAGACACCCUUUGACGACGUGCAAGCGCUGCCCCCAGACGUUGUAUCCCUGCUGAGGCUUCGACUGAGGAAGGUGGUGCUGAGGCCCGGGGAAGGAGUGUCCCGACUCUUCCUAAAAGCCCAGGCCCUGCUCUUCGGAGGGUACCGCGACGCACUUGUCUGCAUCCCGGGUCAGCCGGUGACCUUCAGUGAAGAAGCUUUCUUGGCUCAGAAGCCGGGGUCGCCGCUGCAGACCUUCCACAAGAGGGCGGUGCACCUGCAGCUAUUCAAGCAGUUCAUCGAAACCCGACUGGAGAAACUCAAUGCUGGGGAAGGCUUCUCAGACCAAUUCGAGCAAGAGAUCAUUGCCUGCUGUGGGGCUUCCUCAGGCGCCCUCCGAUCCUACCAGCUCUGGGUAGAUAGUCUUAAGAAAGGUGGUGAUGCCCUCUUGCACUCAAUGAAGGCCAAAACCCGACCAGCCGUCAGGAACAUGUACCGAUCGGCGAAGAGUGGCUUGAAAGGGGUGCAGAACCUGCUUAUGACUAAGGACGGAGACUCUGGCCUGCAGAGGGGGGGCUCCCUGAGAACCCCAAGCCUCGUCAGCCGCUCAGAUCGCCUGCAACAGCGCCUGCCUAUCAGCCAGCACUUUGGGCAGAACAGGCCCCUCCGCCCUAGCAGGAGACUCAGGCGAGAAGAGGGACCUUCUGAAUCCCUCGGCGAGAGGAGCCCUGCCUUGAGCCCCGAGGACACCCAGAGUCCCUGGGCAGAGGAAACUCUAGACGGCAGCUUUCUGGGGUCUGGAGAAGAACUGGAUCUGUUGAGCGAGAUUCUAGACAGUCUGAGCAUGGAAACCAAGAGUGGCGGCCGGCUGAGGGCCAGCCAGAGCUUGAACUGCUGCCAGCAGGGGGCGUCGGAGAGCUGCUUCAGUCUGCCUGACAUCCCAGCGAGGUCACCAUGGCAACUGGAAGAGGAUGAGCAUGAGCGAUCCCCAGAACUCCAGCCCCGGUCCUUGCCAGGGGACCUGACAGCUCUGCAGGACACUCCAUCUUUAGAGGUCGCAAGCUACUCCGUGAACUGUUCUCAGCCGCCCUCAGACAUCUCUCCGCAAGCAUCUUCAGCAGACCCCAGCUGCCAAGGGGACCCCGCGCUCUCUGCCCCCACCGAGCCUGAUCCUAGAAUCCCACAAAGCCCUUGCUCCAGGCUCCCCCCAGUGCCCACUCAGCCCAGCCCGCCAAAGAGCCCCCAACUUCUUGCCCCCACAAAGCUCAGCUAUGACGCUGUUGGGACAUUACAAUCCAUUCGGUCUCCCUCACACUCCAAUUCUCCAGAGAACCCCAGAAACCAGCCUCCCCAGGUCCUGCGGGAUCAGGCUCGAGUGCAACCCCUCAAGGAGCUGGGAGUAAGCAACAGGCAAGGGCCCGCCGCCAGGCAGCCUCGCGUUGCUGAUCUGAAAAAGUGUUUUGAAAACUAAGAGCAGGGAUGUGGAGAGGACCCUGGCUCUCAAUAAAGCUGAUUUUUUUUCCCCUUGGCAAAUUUAUCUGGGGCCUCUGUCAGAAACCUACCUCACCCACCACCAGAAGCGACCUCUAACCAUCUUAAGGUUCAUCUGAAGGCCC